UCGUUUCAUUUAGCCUCAUCUUUCAGUGUUGUCCUAGUGCAAUAAGGUAAACAAAAGUUGUUUACUGUUGUUACCUACUUUUGGUACCCGUAGAAGAAUAAAAAUCGCGUCUCGAGGCAAUCCGCUUCCAUCCGCCAUGUCUUCCUCGCCAGUAGACCAUCGUACAGCGUUCGAUUCGCCCGAGAACAAAGACAGUGCGCCACUUUAUAACAACACCGACGGGUUCCUCCCCCUUGGAUUCAGCACGCCUCAGCAUCGGCAUACGGGACAAAACUCUCAGACGCGUAACUAUUAUUCUGCACAGCCGAAAUAUAUGUUACCACGACAGAGAGGGUUCCAGCAGCAGCGAGGACGGAACAACCAUCACCAGCAAUAUGCCCCAUAUGGCGGUGGCGGCGGAGGCGGUGGAAGUAAUAACGCUGCGAAUGAAGAGGGUCCCAGUAGUAUAGGACCGAUGGACAGAAGACAUUUUAAUAACCGCCAAUGGAAGGGUCAGAAUUUUCAUCCUCGCCAUCAGCAGAGACGGAAUCGAUUUGGGCUGGAGCAUCAUCAGAGCAAAGAUAAAAACUCAUAUAAUAUAAGCGAUUAUUUCCAUCCAUCUAUGUUGGAGGAUCCAUGGAUGCAUUUCACGCAAAAGAAUGAGCGGGAGAAAGUUGAAGGAGCAGAUUCGAGUGAUGCUGGUGGUGGUGCUGGAGGCGGAAGUAGCGGUGGGGGAGGUGGCGGUAGCGAGGAUUGAAUCGGUUCUGUGAGCGUCAAGUCAAGUACCUGCAUUGAAUGAAUAUUUUCUCGAUUUGAUUUUUAAUUUUGAAAAAUAAAAAUUAAGUGAAAUAACUACAUGUAAUGUACAUGUAUUUGAUUGAGUGAA